AUGAGGCAAGAAUUUGUAGACGGUGUUGAUGCUUUUGUUGACUAUGCAAUGACACUUGAAACUUUUCAAAUUCAUGGCUUGGUUAGGUGCCCUUGUAUGAAAUGUCAAUGUAUGAAUUACGAGAAACCAGAGAUUGUUAGGCUUCAUCUCUACAAAGACGGCUUUGAAAAAGAUUAUACAGUGUGGACUAAUCAUGGAGAAACGAAUAGUAGUUUUGGUAGAUUUCAAAACUUUGUUGUUGGUGAAAGUAGUAGGUCAGUGGAACCUAAUGUCCAAAAUUCUAGAAUGCACGACAUGGUUCAAGAUGCUUAUGUGAUGCAUUCCGAUUUUGAAUAUGGUAACCAUGAUGAAGAAGCUCCAAAUGAAGAAGCUAGUCAUUUUUUUGAACAAUUGAAAAAUGCUAGUCGGCCUUUAUAUGAAGGGAGUCCCCACUCUCAAUUGUCUAUUGCUGUUAGAUUAUUAAGCAUCAAAGCAGAUUGGAAUGUUCCUCAAGGUGCAAUGGAUACUGUGAUUGGCCUUAUACAUGAAUUAGUUGACCCGAAAUUAGAGAUACCUGAAAACUACUAUAAGGCAAAAAGAUUAGUGUCUAAGUUAGGACUCUCGUCGAUGAGAAUUGAUUGUUGUGAAAAUGGAUGCAUGUUAUACUAUAAGGAUGACAAAAGUCUAGAAUCUUGUAAGUUUUGUGGAAGAGCUCGUUUUAAGCGGACUCAUAGCGGGAAGAGGGUUGCCGUUAAGGCGAUGCAUUACCUACCUCUUAUACCAAGGUUAAAGAGGUUGUACGCAUCAAAUAGCUCCGCUCCUCAUAUGAGAUGGCACAGUGAAAAUAGAAGGCCGCCUGGUGUUAUGUGUCAUCCAUCAGACGGAGAGGCUUGGAAACAUUUUGACGCAACAUAUCCAAACUUUGCGGCUGAACCACGGAACAUUAGGUUGGGUUUAUGUUCCGAUGGAUUCGCUCCACAUUCUGUUUCUGCUACACCAUAUUCUUGCUGGCCUGUUUUCUUAACACCAUAUAAUCUUCCACCUGAGUUGUGUAUGACUAGUCCAUAUAUAUUCCUUAAUUGCAUCAUUCCUGGCCCACGUAAUCCAAAAGUUCUGAUUGAUGUAUACUUGCAACCUUUGAUUGAUGAGUUGAAAAUGUUGUGGGUUGAAGGGGUUGAGACGUUUGACGUUUCUCUUAAGCAGAAUUUUAAUUUGCGGGCCACUUUAAUGUGGACUAUUAAUGAUUUUCCUGCCUACGGCAUGUUGUCUGGGUGGAUGACUGCUGGAAAGUUAGCCUGUCCUUAUUGCAUGGAGAAUACUAAAUCGUUCACUUUAAAGCAUGGCAAAAAAAAUUCAUGGUUUGAUUGUCAUCGUCAAUUCUUGCCAAUGGAUCAUGAGUUUAGGAGUAUGAAAAAUGCAUUUAGGAAGAACAAAAUUGAACGAAACUAUCCACCUCCAAGACUUUCAGGAGAGGAAAUUUGGGAGAGGGUUGAGAACUUUCCGAAAGUUACUGAAGAACCACCGUACAAGCUCGAUGGGUAUGGGCUUGCACAUAACUGGACCAAAAAGAGCAUAUUUUGGGAGUUACCAUAUUGGAAGGAUAAUCUUCUUCGGCAUAAUCUUGAUGUCAUGCAUAUUGAAAAAAAUUACUUUGAUAAUUUAUUCAACACAGUAAUGGAUGUCAAGGGCAAGACAAAAGAUAAUCCAAAGGCUAGAUUGGACUUACAGGAAUAUUGUAUGCGUAAAGAGUUAUGGUUGCAGGACAAAUGGAACGGGGUCUUCAAGCCUAAGGCUAGUUUUUCAUUCACAAUGGAUCAUAAGCGAAAGAUUUGUGAAUGGGUUAAGAACUUGACGAUGCCUGAUGGGUAUGCAUCAAAUUUGGAAAAACGUGUUGAUAUGGCGCAAGGAAAGUUACAUGGGAUGAAAAGCCAUGAUUGUCAUGUUUUCAUGGAAACUUUACUCCCCAUUGCAUUUAGUAGCUUGCCCACCCGAAUCUGGAAGCCUAUGACUGAAAUUAGUUUGUUCUUCAAAGACUUGUGUUCCAGCACAUUGAGGGUAGACAACCUGGAUCGGAUGCAUCAGAAUAUUCCUGUAAUAACAAGUAAGUUGGAGAAAAUCCUUCCACCGGGAUUCUUCGAUGUGAUGGAACAUCUUCCAAUUCACCUUGCGGAGGAAGCUCGACUCGGAGGCCCAGUUCAUUGUCGUUGGAUGUAUCCCUUCGAGAGAACUAUUGGCAAGUCUAAACGGGGUAUCAAGCAGAAACAUAGAGUUGAAGGAUCAAUUUGCGAAGCCUAUCUUGCUAAGGAAACAGCUCAUUUCUGUUCUUACUACUUUGGGGAUGAUGUGGCAUGCUUGCGAAACAGACCCAAUCGGCAUUAUGCAGGAGGUGAGAAUGAUGCUUUAGCGAAGCCGAUAUCAAUCUUCAAUCGACCGGGUUCAGGUUCAAAAAAACGUACAAGAGAAUUUAAUGAUAUGGAGUCUAAAUCUGCAUCGAUACAUGUCUUGCUGAAUUGCCCGGAAGUUCAACGAUAUUAUGAUUACUUUGUGCAUUUAAAUGGCGUUGAAAAAGUGUACGACCAGUUUGGGAAGUGGUUUAACGAUUAUGUUUAUAGUACAGAAUAUGGUUACCAUGACCAACUUUUAAAGGACAUAUCUUGGGGACCCGGUAUGGUCUAUUCUAUGGAUAAAUAUGUGGUAAAUGGUUUCAAAUUUACUACCGAAGAACGAUCUAAGCAUAUGAAAACUAACAACAGCGGGGUUUGGGUUAAAGGUGGGGAUGGAAACCAAGUCGGGGUCGAUUAUUAUGGUGUAAUUAAGGAGAUCCUAGAAUUGGAAUAUUCUGGUGGUGGAAAAAAAAGAAUUGUACUUUUUCGGUGCAAGUGGUUUGAUCCAACCCCAAAUAGAGGUACAAGGGUACUUGAGCAGUAUAACAUCAUAGAAGUAAACCACACGAGGGAGUAUGCGGCUUAUGAUCCUUUCAUUAUUGCACAAAAUGUUAGACAAGUGUACUAUGCUCCUUAUCCCUUGCGUCCAGAUAAGUCUGCUUGGUGGGUGGUAAUUAAAGUCAAGCCUGUGGGUCGAGUGGAAGUGGAGAAUGUGUUGCCUGUUGCGUUCCAGGAUGACGACAUAUCAGUUGUUCACCAAACAGUUGACAAUGAGUUAGAAGAUGAUUUAGAGCAUGCAGAACACAUAUUGGAAGAAAUUAAUGCAGAAGAAAUUAAUGCAGAGGUGAAUGAAUGUAAUAAUGAAAACGAAACAACUGAUGAGGAAGAAUGGUCAGAAGAGGGAGAUGGGGAUGGGGAUGGGGAUGAGGAUUGA